GUCAGGCAGAGCCCUGAGGGGGAAAUUCCACUGGGAGACCAUUGGUAGGUUGCGUUAGAAAUCCAGUUUCAUCCCAAAAGGUGGUCGGUCGAACGAGUGGCUCUGAAAACCUGUCAGUUUUUCCUUCUUGGGCUUCACCCUUCCUGGUGGACAUUGAACUCUGCAUUUCGAACCCGUCUUCAGCUUCAAACCUGGAAAUGUCACCCCACUGCAUAGAGGAAUUCUCAGGCUCCGGGUUUCGUCCUUUUGGAUCUUGCCCCCAUUUUGACAACUCUGCGCUUUUGGACCUGGGGAAUGGAAAGUAGGGCAGUUUUUGGAGUUGGGGCCCUUGGCUGUUCUUUCUUUCCAGAGCGACUCACCGCUGUCCGGAAAGAUGGGCUCGAAUUCCUCAAAGGCCCAUCGGAAGGUGACUAAAGUAGCUCCCAUGCCGAUGAACGAGGAGAGGCCGCAGCUCCCGAGCAGAGUGGCCGUCUACACGUUCCAGAGCCCUCAGAGGGAGACAAGUCGGAACACAUUUGCCUCCUGGAAUCCAGCAUUGGACAAACACCUUCCGCCCCUGAGAGAAAUGGGACAAGGGGCAUAUCCCACAGUGCCGAGGCCUGUUCCGCUAGACCUGAAGAUGGAAGCAGGAGGACAAAGCAUCAUCAAGCAGCAUCCUCCCCGAAGGCCUCAGAAGUUGGAGCCUUUCAUUCUUGCAAAGGACAUCCCUGCAGACAGGUUCUUAAGCCUGCCGUGUGGUGGAGCAGCAUACAAAGCAAAGGAGCAAGAUAAAGGAGGGAAAGCUGUUCUGCACCCCGCUGGAAGCCGGCAGUAUCUAUUGAAGAUGAAGAUGCUGGAACAAAGGAAAGAGGCAGAACUGAAGAGAUGCUUGCAGCAGGAGGCAAGACUUAACAAGCCAAAAGCGAGGGACCUCAGCAUCAGCGAAACUCCUGGGUGUGUGCCGGGAAAUAAUAGCUCCGAAGAUGAGGAGCUUCUUGCCCUUGAGAGUGACCAGACAUUUGACAGAGACCACGACGAUCGGUGGAGUGGAGAAUUUCCAAAAGAGCUUGGACCUUCUGAACCCCACCAAGGGCAGAGGGGUAAAGUGGAGACGUGGUUGCUAAAGCAGCAGGCAAGAAGGGAAUCUUUCUGGGAUGCAUCCAGCACGGACUCAGAGAACUGGGAAGGUGACGGCGACUUGGAGAAACCUCGCCGGAGACCAGCCUUAGUGAGGACUAAGACGGAGAGGAUUGCUCUGUUCGACGAGUUUUUUGAUAGAGAGUUCUGAGCUAGAGAGUCGCCAGAAAGGCCCCAGAGGGAACGUCAGGUUGGCGAGGACGAGAGCGAGCCUUCCAGCCAACAAGGCAGGUGUCAUGGCGGCUAAGAGACCGACACCCUCCAAUCUCACUUCUGCCAUGGACUCACAAGCUUCUCUCUUGCUCUGCAAAAUGGGGGGGUUUCAGCAGCUUACCUUACAAGGUAGGUGUGUGAAGCGUCGGGCAUACUUGGAAGUGUUAUACCAAUGCUAAGUAUUAUUACAAAGUCCUCAAUGGCUCGAGACCAAAGGACCUGCAAGUGUGACUAUAUCACCAGGGGAGGCCCUGUUCUUGAUGCUUCCUGGUUGGCAAUGACCCAAUGACAGGGCCUUCUUUGUGGUGGUCUCUUUGUGGAAUGCCUUCCCUGGUCAGCUGAGUCUCUCUCUCCCUCCCCCCCCCCACUUUCAGGAGAAAUUUAAAGGCAUUCCUGUUUACCCAGGCAUUUGGGGGCCAAGAGACCUUGAAAUUAGGAGCUGCAAGGGAAAUCUGAUUGCUUUUCAAUGUUGUUGUAUGUUCUCAAUGGUUUAAAAUGGUUUCUAAAUGUUUUACACAUAUGUUUUGUUUUAAACUGAAUUGUUUUAACAUUUGCUAUGUUUGCCACCUUGGGCUCCUUUGGGCAGAAGGGUGAGAUACAAAUUUAAUAAUAAAAUAAAAUUAUAAAACCCUGGUUCAGCCAUUGGCAUGCCUUGGUCAAUAACUAAACUAAGUUGCAUGGGAACCACAAGUUUUGCUGCAGUGCUCUGCUGAGAUAAGCACAUUUAACAGCCUUUAUUCCAGCUCAGCCGAGUAUAGUCUGUUGUUGCAGCGACUCUCCACGAUUUCUGGUGGAGACUUUCCCCAUCCCAGCUACCUGAGAUAAUUACCUUUUGAGUGGAGUUACCUUUUUAGCAGAGCUGCUUAAAGCUACAGCAAGCUGCCUCCCUAGCUGGUUUGGGGGCAACUCCUGGUUCUGGUGUAGUUCAAAUAAAUGAGCCCGUCUCCCUCAUUCUCUUCAGUUCAGGUAGAUGGCUAGCGCAGCUCGGAAGGGUCCUCGUGCAAACAGACAUGUGUGCAACGGUAGAGGCUUGGAUGGAAAGCUUAAAUCCUGCCGCCACUACACUGGAGAGGGAUUGAAGAAAAGGAAAUAUGAAUUGCCCCCCACCCUGUAGCUUGUCCAAUCGUGGCUAGGAGCCAAGUAGAGUCAUAGAUCUAAAAAGAAAAAGAAAAAAAGGUGUAGACUCGCACACACUGGCCAGCUUCCAUUUUGACUUGAAAUGUUCAUGUUGGGCUUCUCUGAAGUAUGUAAAGGCAAGAAGCGGGCAGGGGGAGUGUCGGCUCACAAUGGCACCCACCUGAGAGGUGCAAGAACUGCGCUCUGGCCCAUUCCAGGCUGGAAAAAAGCACUGUAAAGAACUAUCGUACUUUGAAAAGCUGCCAUCAUUGGACCAAGCACUUUGGUUGAAUGAAACGAAAUACAGUGGUACCUCGGUUUAUGAACACAAUUGGUUCCAGAAGUCUGUUCAUAAACUGAAGCGUUCAUAAACUGAAGCGAACUUUCCCAUUGAAAGUAAUGGAAAGUGGAUUAAUCUGUUCCAGACAGGUCCGCGGAGUACUCAACCUGAAGCGUACUUAACCCGAAGCAUGGGUGUAAUUGGUUCCGGAAGUCUGUUCAUAAACUGAAGCGUUCAUAAACUGAAGCGAACUUUCCGAUUGAAAGUAGUGGAAAAUGAAUUAAUCCAUUCCAGAUGGGUCCGCGGUGUUCGUAAACCGAAAAUUCAUAAACCGAGGUGUUCAUAAACCAAGGUUCCACUGUACUUUUAUGUGCCUUUUGAAUAAAUGUGCAAUUAAUUGUUACUGUUUUGAAUUUUAUGGUGCUAUUAUCUUCCUUAGUGGGUUGUGCAAACUGCUGUUCUGGACCAUGCUUUUUAUAGGGCAGAGUAGGGGGCACUGGGGGUGAGUUUAUGGAACCGCAAAGGUUUGGGAACCACUGGUGUAAUUCAGCUUUGUGCUGUGACGUACAUCCUGUCCGUGCAAGAGUCCCAGCUCGCCACAUGGUAUUAUUCCCCAUUCAAGCCCCCCAUGUGCUGUUCCGGGGGUUCUCCUGAGCACUCGAGCCAAUUUUCAGUGCAGGGGUGGGGUGGGGGAGAAAAGCCAGGGGAAGCCCCACUGUGCAUAU